CGCGCGGUGGACUCACAGUUUCUAUCAAUCAGGCCAUCGUCUCGUACCCAACUACGUCCUGACAACACAACAGCAAACAAACCGUUGUUGUUUGCUGACGACGUUGGGAGAGUCGACAAAACUGAAACGCGUGAAGGUAAAAAAAUUCAGAAGAAAGGAACAGCAACGAAAAGACUAUACGAGACUCCUGCAAGUCGGUUUUGAUAACAAACAAAUGAGAAAAACGUAAUAAAUAGAAAUCUAAAAGGGAAAUGACAGCAACUAUAAGUGAGUGACCAUUUCUUGAUCCGGGAGCCCAUCUGAUAUCCGUACCUUCGGUGUGAUGACCAGGUUCGAGCAACGAGAGCUACUACAAUUACAGCGUUCACCACUACUACAAAAUCAGUGCGUUGUGGUGAAUGUCGACGAGCUCAAUCAAUACAACCCAUUGAUCAUUACGAUAGCCCACUUCUGAAUUGUGGAUCAAUCCGGCAGGUAAUCGGACGACCUGAUUGAUAAUCUACCUAAUUGUGAUUUGCGUCAUCUGAUCUUUAAAAUUUUCAAAAUGCAACAAUAGCAGGUGAAUUCUAAGUGUGUCGUGAUUUAUUGUUUAAGUGAGAGUCGGGUGAGAUCGAGAAACCACUGAGAUAAAUACGAAAUAUAGUGCGCGCAUUCAUAUCGCUCUCUCUCUCUCUCUCUCUCUCCCUCCCUCUCUCUCUCUCUCUCUCUCUCUCUAUCUCCCCAUAUAUAUGUGUACAAAUGUUAGCAAGGGUACUCCGGUGUAAUGACUACCGCGAUACUUGACCAUCAUCUUUUUCGACAUCACUGCCGUACUCCGCUAUCGUUGAUGGUGUUAGUGAACCCAAUUACGGACAGUUCGAGCCAACGUAUGCCCAUCGUACGGAGUGUGUGACAUAUAGAUAUUUCUCAAAGCCUUGUUUUGGUCGCGUCAUCAUUGUUGUCUCGUGCAACGAUAAAAAAAGAAAGAAGUGUGUGCGGUGGAAAAACGACGUCUAAAUUCAAAAUAGUCUCAUUCAUAAUAAUAAUAAUAAUUACUAUUAUUAUUAUUAUACUAGUAAUACGAAAAAAAUCGUGCGUAUGUAUGUGUGUGUGCUUAUUACCUGUGCAGUGUACAGAGACCAUUACUAUAACAACGGCAACAUCAGCAGCGGCAUCAACUUCGGCAACGACAACAACAAAAAAGGUGAAUGAAACUAAGUAAGUGUAAAGUUGAUCGGUGUAUGCGAUCUACUCGAUCUUCGCCCUCGUACACGGACACGUAGUGCGUCGUUGUUGUUGUGGUAGAAAACAGAAACCUACGAACAUCUGUAUCAGUGCGCAUUGCGUAUUGAACGGGACGCCGUCAUUUUGCCCGUCGCAAGUAGACGGCACGAACCUAAUUGAAAAAAACCCAAUCUCAUCAAAGCGAACCUGACGCAAGUGAUCCUACGGAAACAUUGUGUGUUGGUGUCCAGCCAACGUUGCGCGGCCGCAAAGCCGUCUGCCGCGACGCCGGUCGUCGUCGUGUUGGUGUGAGCAAGGUGCCUCGCGAACUAAGCCCCACGAUUCGGCGCCACGUUGGAGUUGGAGUGGUGGAAGAGCAGCGGCGUCGAAGUGAAGACGGAGCGCGACGCCGACGGGACCGCCGGUGAACUGGCCGGUGGGGGUGGCGGUGGUGGCGGCGAGAUGGCCGCUGGCUCCAACCCGUAUCUGGCCACCAGCGCCGUGUCCAGCCUCUCGCACUUCAGCAGUAUGACACAGGCGCCCGGGGGCUAUGGACGAGAACCGCCUGAAAUGAAAUAUAUGCCCGCCACCCAACAACACCACCAAUGGGCCGUCGAGUCGAUGUGGGCGCCGGCCAUCCAGGACAUCAAGCCACCCACAGCUGGCGGAGGCCAGCCAACAAUGGAUAUGCCGGGCGCGCUCAGUGCUCAUCAGCGUCAACAGGUUCAGGCGCAAGCCCAGGCCCAAGCAAUGGCUGGUUGGCACAUGGCCGCCGCUGCUGCCGCAGGCCAUUCGCCCCCGCCGACAUUUCACCAGCAGCAUCAGCAGGCGGUUGGUGUCGGAGUCGGCGUUGGAGUCGGGAGCAUGGGCGUUGGCGGUAUGGGCGGCGUGUACGGCAUGCUCGGCCACGUAGGCCAUAUGAGCGGUCGCGAAUCGGUCCCUUCUCAUUCCGACCAGGUGACUUCACAGCUGAGCGGGGGCUCGUUGUCUUCGCCGACACCGACGAGCAUUCACAACGAGCUAUCCCCGCUCCAUUCAAGACUUCUGGGUGACCCCCGAGGUCCUGAGAGCGGCGAAGAAGAAGCUCCUAGUUCGGACGACCUGGAACAGUUUGCGAAGCAGUUCAAACAGCGCCGAAUCAAGCUAGGCUUCACGCAGGCCGAUGUCGGUUUAGCUCUCGGCACGCUGUACGGUAACGUGUUCAGUCAGACAACGAUAUGCCGCUUCGAGGCGCUGCAGUUGAGCUUCAAGAACAUGUGCAAGCUUAAACCUCUGCUGGCCAAGUGGCUCGAGGAGGCGGACAGCACGACGGGAUCCCCAACCAGCAUCGACAAGAUCGCCGCACAGGGUCGCAAGCGGAAGAAAAGGACAAGCAUCGAGGUCUCGGUGAAGGGCGCCCUCGAGUCGCAUUUCCACAAGCAGCCCAAGCCGUCUGCCCAGGAGAUUGCGAGUCUGGCCGACAGCCUGCAGUUGGAGAAGGAGGUGGUUAGAGUGUGGUUCUGCAAUCGUCGUCAAAAGGAGAAGCGUAUGACGCCUCCUAUUAACGGUGGUCCCGGUUCUACGGGUACUCCUGACCAUUUGCUUAUGUCAACUUCCCCCUGCUCGCCGGCCAGCUCCGACCACCACCUGCCGAUGCAGCACCACCAUCUCAACCACCCCUCGCCACCACCGACCCAUCAUCACAGUCACAGCCCGCACGGGCAUCCCCCACACCAUAGUCCCCACCACCACGGAGGACCCCACGGCCUGUCGAGUAGCCUCGCCGGGGGUCUGCCAACGCACAGCGCUCAUAGUGCAGCCGCAGCACAUGCGGCAAUGGCGAUGGCCCAUCAUCAGAGCCAUCUGCACUCGCUAGGGGGCCCGCACCAGUCAUUAGCUGCCCACUGACCCCCGCUGUACCCCGGCGGGCCUCCAUUUUUCAACCCCCACGAUACACUAGCCCACCAAACACAACAGCCAACCCACCAGCAAAGCCUGCAGCAGAGCCUGCAACAACAACAACAACAACAGCAGCAACAAGCUCAGAAUAACCAGAAUACCCAAACAGGGCAGCAGCAGUCGCAACAGCAGCAGGU